ACGAGGGGAGGGAGAGCCGAGCACACUUCCUCCCUGAGGAUAACGCCUCAUCGGAGGCGGCGGGUUGAGACGCGGCCGGUGGCACUGCAGAGGCACCACAGCACGACAGAGGUGAACAUGCGAUCCCGCAGCAACAGUCUGGAGGACGUAACCAGGGCAACGGCGGACACACGCAAGCGAUCCGAAGAGCGGGACGAGCCAUCGGGGAGGGCCGAGCGCCGCGGCCGACAGCGCCAGCCGCCGGACGACACCGGCACCGUUCAGCGCCAUCCCAAGAAGGCCAAGAACGCCACCUGUGCUGCUGGUGGCACUGGGACCGGCACCGGGACCGGCACCGGGAGCACCAGCGCAGCUGCAAAAGGCGGCCGGAGGGAGAAGGGCAGGGACCUUUCCCGAGACGACCUGGUCUUCCUCCUAAGCCUGCUGGAGGGCGAGCUGCAGGCCAGGGACGAGGUGAUCACGGUGCUGAAGGCCGAGAAAAUGGACGUGGCGCUGCUGGAGGCCAAAUACGGCUUCGUCACGCCGCAGACCGUCCUGCAGUCGCUGCAGCGGGACGCCAUCCAGGGCAAAGCCGACGUCUUCCAGGAGGACAUCUACGAGAGGCCCAUGGUGGAGCUGGACAAGUUGGUGGAGAAGCAGCGGGAGACGCACCGGCGGAUGCUGGAGCAGCUGCUGAUGGUGGAGCAGUCGCACAAACAGGCCCUGUACAAGCUGGAGGACGAGAAGAGGAACCACGGAGAGUUCAUGAAGAAGAGCGACGACUUCACCAACCUGCUGGAGCAGGAGCGCGAGAGGUUGAAGCUGUUAAUUGAUCAGGACAAGGCCUACCAAGAAAGGAAGGAGGACGAGAACAACCAAAAGGUCACAGGUCUGAAGGAGGAGCUGACAAAACUCAAGUCCUUUGCGUUGAUUGUCGUGGAUGAACAGCAGCGUCUCACCGAGCAGCUCAACCAGCAAACGGCUCAGGUCCAGGAGCUGAGGUCCAGUGGGUCUCGGGCCCAGGAGGAGCUGAGCUCCGCUAAUGCCCGUCUGCAGGAGGAGCAGCAAAAGGUCUUUCGCCUGGAGGCGGAGCUGCGUGACCAAGGCGCUCGUCACCAUCAGGAACAAGAGGCCAUGACCGCCAAGCUGACCAGCGAGGACGGCCAGAGCAGGCAACUGCGCCAGAAGCUGUCCACUCUCAGCCGGCAGCUCGACGAGCUGGAGGAGACCAACAAGACCCUCCGGCGCGCUGAGGAGGAGCUGCAGGAGCUGAGGGACAAGAUCAGCCUGGGCGAGUGCGGCAACUCCAGCCUCAUGUCAGAGCUCGAAGAGCUACGCAAAAGGGUCCUUGAAAUGGAGGGCAAGGACGAAGAGUUGAUCCGGAUGGAAGACCACUGCAGGGACCUCAACAAGAAACUAGAGAAGGAGGCCAAUCAAAGCCGCAGCUUGAAGGCUGAGCUCGAUGAACUGAACCACAGAAUUAUGGACUUGGAGAAAUUAGAGGACGCGUUCAGCAAGAGCAAACAAGAAUGCAACUCCCUCAAAAGUAACCUGGAGAAGGAGAGGACCGUGUCCAAGGUUCUGACCAGCGACCUGGAAGUCUUGAAGGUCAGGGUCAAAGAACUGGAGGCCGCUGAAGGCCAACUGGGAAAGACAGAGCUGACCCUGAAGGAAGAUCUGACCAAGUUAAAGACUCUGACAGUCAUGCUGGUGGAUGAGAGGAAGGCCAUGGCCAAGAAGCUGAAGCAAAUGGAGACCAAGGUCCAGAGCAGCACUGGCAAACUUCAAACUGAACAGGACAAGGUCACGUCAGUCACAGAGAAGCUAAUCGAGGAGAGCAAGAAAGCGCUGAGGUCAAAUGCUGAGCUGGAGGAGAAAAUGUGCAGCGCCACAAAGGAAAGGGACGACUUAAAGGCCAAGUUGCUCGCUGAAGAGGAAAAGAGCAUCGAUUCAGAGUCUAAAAUCAAUAUGAUGAAGAAAAGGUUGCAAUCGCUUGAGAACAUAGAAAGAGAAUACGUGAGGAGCAAAGCUAAAGAGGAGAACCUCAAAGCACCCAUUGCUAACCGCUUCCAGCAAGAAGACAACAAAGUGAAGGACUUGACGCAGGAGGUCGAGCGCCUCAGGCACAAACUAAAGGACAUGAAGGCGGUGGAGGGAGACCUCCUCAAAACAGAGGAGUUUGAAUCCCUGGAGAAAAGAUUCACCAAUGAACGAGAAAAAGCUAGAGCCUUGAUGGAAGAGCUGGAAAUAUCCAGAAAUGAACUCUCAAAGUACCAACUGGCUGAGAAGAAGGAGUGCAACCAGGAGCAUGUUCUCUACAAACGCCUGAAGGACGAGGAGGCCAAGUCCAGCCAUUUGAGCAGAGAGGUGGCAGCUCUGAAAGAGAAGAUCCACGAAUACAUGGGAACGGAGGAGUCCUUUUCGCAAAUGAAAACGGACCACUCGACCCUGCAGAGGAAGCUGACCCAGCAGGAGGUCCGCAACAAAGAACUGGCCAGAGAAAUGGAGACGCUCACCAGGGAGCUGGAGAGGUACAGGCGCUUCAGCAAAAGCCUUCGCCCCGGCAUGAACGGGAGGCGCUUCUCAGACCUCCAUGUUUCCACCAAGGAAGUCCAGACGGAGCCGCCUGACGGCGCCGCGUCUCCGGGCUGCGGGAAGCUGUGCGGCGAGGGCCGACCCGGAGACGCCGCCAACCACAGCAACGAGAUCCAGCUCGCCAAGUGCAGCCCGGCGCUCAUCACCAACGUCAACAACCUGAACAACCUGAGGAGAGCCCGAGGGAGCGCGCCGCCGCGACCGAACGGCAGCCACGUCCAGCCGGGGGACGUGGUGCUGACCCACAGCCCCGGGCAGCCGCUGCACAUCAAAGUGACCCCCGACCACGGCCACAACACGGCCACGCUGGAGAUCACCGGCCCCGCCGCGGAGAGCGCGCAGUCCUUCACCAGCACGGCCGUCAUCCCCACCAGCGGGGGCCCGCCCAAGCAGAGGAUCACCAUCAUCCAGAGCGCCGCCAUGUCCCCCGGCGCCAAGUCCCCUUCCCCGAAACCCAGAGGCUCCCCGGCCCGCGACGAGCCGGGCUCCCCGGACCGGGCCCUGUCCCCACUCGCCGUGGCCACGUACUCCAGAGCGCUGACGCCGGACUCCUGCGGCUCCAGGGGCACGUCGCCGAUACAGAUCGUGUCGGUGACGACGGGCACCCCCGAGCGCGCCCUCCCCGCGGAGCCGGCCGAGGCGCCCGGGGGGCACGCCGUCUUCCGCGUGACCCCGGAGAGGCAGGGCAACUGGCAGGUCCAGAGGUCCAACGGCUCGGGGCCCAGCCUCAUCACCACGGAGGACAACAAAAUCCACAUCCACCUGGGCGGCCCCUUCACUCAGGGCAUCGGCACGCCGACGCCAACGCGGAGUCCACCUGGGCCCCCGGAGCAGAGGACUCAGGCGCUCGCUAACUGCGGCGCUCCCGCCGCAAAAGUCACAAGCAGCAUCACGAUUAAGCCCAGCUGCACCCCGAUCCAAAGGCCAGCACAGAUUACAAUUCCUCUAGAAGCAAUCCGCCGACCGGGACCCACGAGGAUCCCCAAACCCAAGGGCUCCAGCUGCCAGAAGGGGAGCGGCGCCACGCCGGCGAACCCGGGCCCGCGGAGCAGAGGUCCUCCGGCCGGCGGGAACAACAACAACAACAACAACAACAACAACCCGAAUCUGGUGAACCGCCGCCUGUGAUGUCACAUUAUGUCAGAUGUGAGAUAAUGAAAUAGAAAAGAAUAACCAUAGUAGAAUUCUUUAGUCUUAAGAACAUAACCGUUUCACUAUUAUCUAAACACACAUCAGUGUGCAAUGUCUCCACGCUGCAAAAGGUAAAAAGCAUAGUUCCAAUGUCACACAUCGGUGUGAAGAGGUCCGUUAAAGUGAGAAGUUGUACUAGAUCAGUAGGUUUCAAAUUCGUUGUCGUACUGUCAUCAUUUGUAUGGAUCUUUCAGUAAUAAAGAUGUUUAGUUGGCGUAGUGACGAUGAUGCAGCAAUUAAAAUAGUUUUUUUUAAAGUGGCAAUAAUGUACAUAAGUGUAUGAGUGAGGUGUUGUAAUGCAGCUACUUGACAGUGAUCUGAAAUGUGUCAAUAAAUGCUUUUUAUACCUGG